GGCAGGUGCUGGACAGGGCAGCCCGAGCUGCUGUCUCAUGCCCGCCGGGGCACAGAGCCGCGGGGAGGCGGGGCCAGGGCGAGUGGCACUGGGGGUGAGCAAUCACCGCGCUCUGUGAGCCAGGCACCGUGAGCCGGGACCCAAUGAGCGGGGUCCGGGUUUGACGUGUCAAUGUUUGGGAGCAGCCUGGCGCAGCAGCUGCCCGGGACGCGCGAGUCCCUGCUGCUGCCUGGGCCGGAGCUCUGCGGGUGCCGGCCGGCGGGGGAUUCGCGGCCGCCAGCGGCGGGCACUGCAGAGGAGAGAACUGAAGGGCAAUCCAGACAUGAGGAAGGUUUUGUUAGUGGAACCUGUCAUCAUCAUUUACACUUUUGCCUACUUCUUGACCGUACCGCUGAUUCAGCAGUAUAUUUAUCGGAGGCUAUGGGAAGAAGGAAGCAACUCCAGUUUAAUAGAAAAUAACAAUACUUACUGUGAACUAAACAAAAGUAACCCAGCCUAUAUCAAACAGAAGGAAGUCCAAGAAAAGGCCUCUCUUUUUCUCAUGCAGUUGGACUUAACCGGCGCAGUUCCCAGCAUUUUGGUUGCCAUUGUCCUUGUAGCUGAUGGGGAUCGUCAUGGACGCAAAAAAUCUUUAGUUCUGCCUUCAGUGGGAGCUUUUAUAUCAAAUGUUUUUCUCGGUGCAUUAUCAUAUUUCUCCCUGUCCCUCUCUAUUUUAUUUGCAGUUGCAUUUUUUGGUUCACUGUUUGGAAGCAUUGCAACUUUCCUCGGAGGAGCCUUUGCCUUUAUAGCUGAUCUCUGUAAUGAAGAGAAGCAGAAAACGAUACGUAUAGCUCUGGUUGAUUUGAUUUUUGGACUUGUAUCUGGAUUAGCAGGACUGACUUCUGGCUACUUCAUAAGAGGAUUAGGCUUUCCAUGGACAUUUGUGGUUGCUUCUCUGCUUCACUUUAUUAAUAUUUUCUAUAUUACAUUUUGUCUGGAGGAUACAGUACGUGCACCUGAAUUCCAGCAGCAUGCAUCAUUAUCUUGUUCUGAAGGCCUUAAAGAAACAUUUUCUGGAGUGUACAUGCUUUUUAAAACUUCCACUUGUAAAAAACGAACUUUAAUCAUUGUAUUGCUUUUUACAUUCAUGACGUAUUUUUUUACCUGGAUGGGUGGGAGUUCUCUUUUUACGUUGUAUGAACUGGAUGAGCCUCUCUGCUGGAAUGAAGUCUACAUAGGAUAUGGAGCAGCUGCAUUCACUUCUGUUUCUGUGACCAGUUUUUUAGGAGUAUACUUGUUUUCACAUUGUCUCAGGGACAUCUAUAUCGUCUUCAUCGGGAUAUUCUCUUGGAUUGGAGGAAUGGUCAUGGCUGCCUUUGCCAAAACUACACUGCUCAUGUUUUUAGUGAGAGUGCCCUCUCUUCUAUGUUUUAUGCCCAUUCCAGUCCUACGGUCCAUGUUAUCAAAAGUGGUUCUGGCUAGUGAACAAGGUGCUGUGUUUGCUUGCAUUGCCUGCUUGGAAGUUAUGACUAGUGCCAUUUCACUCGCAGUUUUUAAUAGUCUCUAUGCAGCCACUGUAGCUUGGUUUCCAGGCUUUAGUUUCCUCUUAUCAGCUGGUCUUUGUAUAAUUCCCCUGAGCGUCAUGUGCUGGCUUAUGUGCACCAGUUGGCAUGAAGAGGACUUGGCAUCGCCUGCAUAUGAAGAAGUAUCCAGUGAAGAGAGUAUUGACAGUUGAACAAAGAAUUUACCUACCUUGGCUUUCUAGUCUGAUGUGCAUCGCACAGCCUGUUACAUACACACUGAUAGGGGAGAGUGUGUGACAGUUGUAGAUGAAAUCUGGACAGUAGCCCUGCAACAAUUACCAUAAAACUGCUAGCAUUUCCAGUCUUCCUAUUUUAUACUAGAAUGAGUUUAAUCCUUAUACUUUACUAUGCAAAUAGGGUGAGAGCGGCGGCUCUUUAUCAGUUUUUAAAGUAUAGCAAAAAUGAUUGAUAUUAUAUAUUUAUGAAUAAGAAUUUAGAAUUACUUAUUUUUUUACAUCCUGUGCUCUUGGAUUUACAAAUGUCUCUUUCAGAAUUAAGAGAAAAUAAGUGAGAGUUGUGUUUUGUUCUCUCUCAUGUCUUAAAAAUAUUUAAAGUAGGGCUGUUGAUUAGUUACAGUUAACUCACACGAUUAACAAAAAAAAUUAAUUGCAAUUAAUCGCACU